AUGGCCGACUUGGAUGAUUUGGAGUUGGGUGGCGACAUGUUCGCAGAACCAGAGGGUUUCUUACCUCCGCCUCCGGAAUCACACUUUGUGACCUACGAGCGUGAUGCAAAUGAAACGCCUAAUAAGAUCACUCUCAAGUUGGUUGGAAAAUCACCACUCUGGGGUCAUCUACUAUGGAAUGCCGGUAAGUAUACCGCACAAUAUCUCGAUAAGCAUGCAGAAAGACUUGUCACAGGAAAGAAGGUGUUGGAGCUCGGUGCUGCCGCAGGUUUACCAUCAUUGAUUUGUGGUGUUAACAAUGCUCUGAAAGUCCUUUGCACUGAUUACCCAGACCCAGAUUUGCUUUCGCAUAUUCAGUAUAAUGUCGACCAUUGUGAAGGUCUAGAUCCAAGUAAAGUAUUGGUGAGGGGGUUCAUUUGGGGUCAGGACGAAACUCAAUUAUGUUAUGACGAGUUGAACGAGAACCAACUUCCUGAGAAAAUCGAGGAAUCUGAAAAGUUUGAUUUGAUCAUCUUGUCCGACUUGGUAUUUAACCACACUGAACACCAAAAACUUCUCGGCAACUGUCGUGCAGCAUUGAAGCGUGACGGUGUUGCGUUGGUGGUUUUUAGUCCACAUAGACCAUGGCUUUUGGACAACGAUCUUGCAUUCUUCACCGAGUGCGAAGAUUUUGAGUUCAAGGCCAAGAAGAUUGAAAUGGUCAAUUGGAAACCCAUGUUUGAGGAAGAUGACGAGACCAUCGAGAUUAGAUCCCGUGUCUACUGUUAUGAGUUGAUUCCACAAUGGUAA